UUCCUCUCUAGGCUUCCGGGUGCGGUUUCCGCAUCUCUGUUGUUGGCCCGAGGAGCAGCCGGGGUCCUGUCAUGCCCCGCGGCCAGGCCCGGGGUGGCGCGCGCGGAAACCCUACGGCUCCUGUGCUCGCGCACUGCGGCCCAGCCACGCCGGCGCGGGGAAGGGCUGCUGCCCGGCGGGCACGCACCGGGACCGAAACCCCAGCCCUACCCUCUCCCCUGCCGCAGGAGGCGGCCGCUGCGAGUCCGAAGGCCGCGGGCCUCCCAGGCCCACCCUCAGCCUGCAGGCCGCUCCCGCGCCUCGCGUCAGACCCGAUUUGGGCUCUGGGGAAGAGAAACGUCAUGGAAGCCGAAGAUCUCCAGGAGGAGUUGACCUGCCCCAUCUGUCUGGACUAUUUCAAGGACCCAGUGUCCAUCGAGUGCGGUCACAACUUCUGCCGCGGCUGCCUGAAACAGAAUUGGGCACUGGGCGGUGGCUCGUUCCCCUGUCCCGAGUGCCGGCAGCUGUCGUCUUCCGCCUCACUGCGACCCAACUGGGCCUUGGCCCGGCUCGUGGAGAAGACGCGGCGGGGGCGCCAGGGCCCAGUGUCCUCCAGCCUGUGCUGUCGCCACGGGGAGCCACUGCGGCUCUUCUGCGAGGACGACCAGCGGCCCGUGUGUUUGGUGUGUAGGGAGUCCCAGGAGCACCAGGCCCACACUUUGGCGCCCAUCGAUGAGGCCUUCGAGAGCUACCGGACUGGAGAAAGUUCCCUCUGGCACCUGUGUAGAUGGAGAAGAUCAGUUAGACUGCAGUUGCACCAUUUCAAGCAGGAGAUAAUAAGGGAUAAACUUCUUGCGACUCAGUGCAGUCUGACAGCCAAGAUGAAGAAUGCCAUGCAUUUACAGGACAUGGAAAAGAAGAAUGCAACAGAGUGGAAGAACAAGAUGAAGAUUCAGCAAUUGAGAUUAAGUGCAGAGUUUGCAAAGCUGCACCACUUUCUGGCUGAAGAAGAGCAACUGUUUCUUGAGAGACUGAGAGAAGAAGAAGAAGAGACAAAGAAGAAAUGGGAUGAGAAUACAUUAAGGCUCAAUCAGAUAAUCACUUCCUUGAAGGAGCUCAUCUUAGAAGUCAAGGAGAAGAACCAGAGCUCCAUCCUGGAGUUGCUUCAGGAUCCAAAAGAUCUGUUGACCAGGAGUGAGGACCAGAAUAUGGACUAUACCCUUGAAGUUCUAAAGGUGAAUACCGUGUGCCGUAUACCGUUGAUGAAGGAAAUGCUGAAGCUAUUCCAAGUGGUUGUCAGUCCAGCUAUAGACACAGCUCAUCCCAAACUUAUCUUCUCCCAGGAAGGGAGGUACGUGAAAAAUGGAGCAUCAGCCAGUUCUUGGCCGUUAUUUUCUACAGCGUGGAACUACUUUACUGGAUGGAAGAAUCCUCAGCAGAACACUCAUGUUUUGGAGAAAUUUCAGCACUUACCCUGUGUUUUAGGAAAAAACGUUUUCACUUCAGGGAAACAUUACUGGGAAGUUGAGAGCCGAGAUAGCCUGGAGAUUGCGGUGGGGGUGUGUCGAGAAGACAUCAUGGGGAUUGCUAGUAGUUCAGAAAUGUGCCCCAAUGAGGGCAUCUGGGCUAUUUGUUGGAGUUCUGCUGGCUAUCGGCCCCUAACAGGCUCUUCCGUAAGUUCUAUCAGGCAAGAGCCAGCUCUUCACCGGGUGGGAGUUUUCCUAGAUCAUGGGGCUGGGGAUAUCUCAUUCUACAGUGCUGUGGAUGGAGUGCACCUGCACACUUUUUCUUGUCCUUUAGUCUCACGUCUCCGGCCAUUUUUUUGGUUGAGCCCAUUAGCAUCUUUAGUCAUCCCACCAGUGACUGGUGGGAAAUGAGCUGUUCUUUCCCUGACCAAGAAUACCUCCCUGUAUCUCAGUCUGGGGACAUCCAUCCCUUGGCCCUCUUCUUUCACUUCAUGGAUAUUGAUCCUUGAUAGUACAGCAGUUCUAUCCAUUCAUUUUUAAUUCAUGUUUUGUUCAGCUCCCUGUAUGUCCUGUGCAUAGACAGAUAUGGCAGACACUGUUGGUUGCCUUUCUAGUAGCCACUUAUUCCACCUCUCUCCUCUUCUGGUGUGCACCCACCAUGUACUUCAGGAGGAGCAGUCCCAUGUGAGGUAAUUCUGGCCAGUGAGAUAGGAUGGGAAAUUUUCCAAGGUGAGGAAACUUUCUGGGGAAAGUUUCUGUAGCUGCUAAAACAAUGUUUGAGAAGACACAUCCCCUCUUCUGAUGUUAGCAGCUGUAUUGGAACUGAGGAGAGUCAGUAACAGUGAGAAGGAAGAAGAAACAUGAUCUUUGUUGGCAUUGUCAAACUUGGAAUUUCCAAAGUCUCAACCUUGUUAUAUUGAGAUUAUUGCUCCAUUAUUAUAAAAGGCAGUUUCAGUUGCAUUUUGGUUACUUGCAGUCCGAAGUAUCCUAACUGGUACUCUAGGCACAUAGCAUGGAUAGCUCACAGUUUUGGCUUAUUUCAUUUUUUCUGAAACUCAACAGAUUCAUAGAAUCCCUUUCUACUCAGUCAUGUAAUUCCUCUUUCCAGUAAGUACUGAUAUCCCUUGGUUUUCUGGAUCAGAAAAUUGAGGCAGUGUUCCCGUACUUUGCCCAUGCUGUUACUUCUCUUCAUCUGACCGUGUCUCAGCCUCAAGCAUUUGUUAUGCUAUCCAUUUCUCAAAUUCAUAUAUUGUAUAUGCAAAUUUAUUAAUGUCAUAUUGAAAAUGUUAAAAAACCAAGUAUUUACACUGUGCUGGUCUUUUUACAUAAUGUUCUCCUAUGACUCUUCUAAAAGCUCAGUGAGAUGGAAAUUAAAAUCCUAUUUUUUCAAAUGAGAAAACAAACUUUUAGAAUAACUCACUCAGUGUUGCUUAGCUGGCAGUGGAAGUGUUGGGAUUAAUCCAGAUCUGUCUGAGAUGAAAGCCUACAUGCUUUCCUUCUCUACAUUUACUUGUAAGCGUUUAUUGAAUGCAGAUUGUGGUUCAGCAUCAUCUUUGUUUCUUAUUUUCUCAUGUAUUUUUAUCUGGUAUGUGUGUUUUUCUCACUUUACCUUUCUGCCCUAGAUUGUACACACUCUGAGGAUUGUGAAAGUUACUGGAUAGUUAUUUUUUAAAUAAUGAUCGUUUCUCUCGUUUAAAGUUGUGUACUUAUUGUAGAAAACUUGGAAUAUAUGAAAAAUGUAAAGAAAAUUAAAGUCACCAGUGAUUCCACCAUUA